CCUUUGGGCAAUUCCCCUCCCCCUUGAAGGUCUUCACUUUUCACUUCAAACCGCCUCCUGUCUAAUUUUUAAGAGUCCCUCAUCCGGUACGGUUAAACCACCGGAGGGAAAUUUGUUUAAAGAUGGAUCCCAAUAAUAACCGUCUCCACCUGAACUUCGGGUACAACGAGCGUGGUUUCAAUGCGGCGGCCAACAACCGCGCAUAUCCCACGACUCCUUCCGCGUUCCCCCAACCGAUCUACCAGAACCAAGGCCCUCAGGACUACAUGGAUGCUCAAAACGGAGCUUACAACCAGGGAUAUUUCAUGGCAAACCCAUACCCUCCUCAAGCCGCCUAUGCUCAGCAGCACUAUGGACAAUCAAACUUGCAGUCCCCGCAGCCCGCAUAUCAAUCACGCAUGGGGUACAGCGCCAACGAUGGAACCAACGGCCUCAUCCAGCAGUUCUCUAACCAGGACUUGAACUCGAACCGUACAGGCUUCUUCGGUCGCUCUGCCUCUCCUGCUCAGAGACCUCGUACAGCUGGUUCGUCCGCCCCGGGGCAGCAACAGCCUGGCCAUCUAGCCCCGCCAAUGCCACGCAGUCCCCGUACUCCCGCCGAGAACGAAGAGCUCCAACGCUAUCCGGAGCGAUACUCAGAGAAUGUCCACAAGCGUGGUAAGGCCGCUAAAGAGCUGGUGAACGUUUUCUUUCACGAGAACAUUGAGCGUGCGCGCGAUCGUAACAUGCGUUCCACGAAUCUGGACAAGAUGAUCCAAGAUCCGAGUAUCUCUAAGGAUGCGAAGCGUCAGGAGGGAGAAACUAUUGCGAAGAAGGAGUCGAACUUCCUCCGAUUUCUUCGGACCAAGGAGACACCAUCGAACUUCCAGACUAUCAAGGUUAUUGGAAAGGGUGCAUUUGGUGAGGUUAAGCUUGUGCAAAGGAAGACCGACGGCAAGAUCUAUGCGCUCAAGUCUCUGAUUAAGACUGAGAUGUUCAAGAAGGAUCAACUGGCCCACGUUCGCGCCGAGCGUGAUAUCUUGGCUGACUCCAAGGAUAACCCGUGGCUUGUGAAGUUGCACGCUUCGUUCCAGGACUCCGCAUACCUCUACCUUUUGAUGGAAUUCUUACCUGGUGGUGACCUGAUGACCAUGUUGAUCAAGUACGAGAUUUUCUCCGAAGACAUCACUAGAUUCUACAUGGCAGAGAUUGUGAUGGCUAUCGAAGCAGUCCACAAACUAGGCUUCCUUCAUCGUGAUAUUAAACCUGACAAUAUUCUUCUCGACCGUGGUGGUCAUGUUAAGCUUACCGAUUUCGGUCUCUCGACUGGUGGCAAGAAGACUCACGACAAUUCAUACUACCAAAACUUGUUGAAAAAUUCUACCUCCAAGGAUAAGAACCGCAACUCCGGAUACUUUAACGAUGCGAUCAAUCUGACUGUAUCAAACCGUGGCCAAAUCAAUACAUGGAGAAAGUCCCGUCGAGCCAUGGCUUAUUCAACGGUUGGCACGCCUGACUACAUUGCACCUGAGAUCUUCAACGGUCAAGGAUAUACUUAUCUUUGCGAUUGGUGGUCAGUCGGUGCCAUCAUGUUUGAAUGUCUUGUGGGAUGGCCACCUUUCUGUGCUGAGGACACCACCGAUACCUACCGGAAGAUCGUGAACUGGAGGGAAUGUCUUUACUUCCCUGAAGAGCUUACUCUUUCUCGCGAAUCCGAGGGCUUAAUCCGAAGGUAUUUACCGCUCCCCGCUCUUCGCACUAUAUUCACGUACAUGUGUCUGACCGUUAUAUACAGCUUCCUUUGUGAUGCAGAGCACCGUGUUGGCAACGAUGGCGGCCAGUUUGGUGGUGCUACACAGAUCAAGAACCAUCCGUUCUUCCGUGGUGUUGUUUGGGAGCAGCUUCGCAACAUUCGCGCUCCAUUCGAACCUCGACUGAGCUCGAAUAUUGAUGUGUCAUACUUCCCCAUUGACGAAAUUCCUCAGGAAGAUACCAGUGCUAUCCAUCGUGCUCAGGCCCGUGCCAUGCCCGAGGAACAGGAGGCUGAAAUGAGCCUUCCGUUUAUCGGAUACACAUACAAGGCAUUCAAUGCCUUCCAGAAUAACUGAGAAUCGAACUGAUACUCGGGAUCGAUGUAUGCAGGAUGAGCGCCUCGGAAAGCCGGUCCGCGGGCAGGCUUGCGCGGAAGUCUUUCCAGCGGCUCAUCUAGGAUCUAUUCUCGAAAUAUCUUUGUUCAUUUGAUUUCAUCUAGCGUCUAGCGCAUUUGGCAUUUUAUGUCAUUGAUAACGACCUGUGCAUCUUCCUUACUGUGUUUGCAUGUCGCAAGACGACGCCCGCUAGUUGCACUCCGUGUCUAGCCUUAAGAACUACAAACAAGAGCAUUAUUUCGUUGAAAGUUCAGAGCCUGUGACACCUACAAGUGCGGAUCACGAAUGACUGGCUACUUUUGUUUCCUCUAGCAUGAUGCAUCAAUGCAUAUAUCAGGAAAAAUACCCAAAGUACAACGUUGUACCUUUUACAUUUCAGACUAGUUUGCAUAUAAAACGGUUGGUGGCAAUCCCAUUAAAUAUUUGGACUUGGCAAUGGCUUCAAUCCUUGUA